GAACGGAGGAAUGUGAGGCGGAGUCUGCGUAAAGAAUGUCAGUGUGUUCUUCCACAUUCCAAGCUUCACCUGCCUGGACUCUGCGCUAUCAGAGAGGAGCUGCUGCGGGUUUCUAUUGGCCUUUAAACGCUCACUCGACUGGCCUCUUGCCAAGAGGAGGGGUUUCAGUUUCAACUGAAACUCUUUUGUGCUCUGUAUUGUGCACUUUUUUGUUAAUCGCAAAUCUCUGCACUCUGGCAAUGAGAUGCGCUGCGUAUUAUUCAAAUCGCGUUAUGGACACGUCACUGCGGUUUGCAUGGAGCGCCUUUUGUUUUGUUUCUGUCCAGGUUACCUGAUGGAGCCAUGCUCUUCUGAAUAGGCGUGGUGAUGGAGCUGAAGGUGUGGGUGGAUGGUGUGGUCAGAGUGGUGUGUGGCCUAUCGUACACCACUUCCUGCCAGGAUGUGGUCAUUGCUCUCGCUCAGGCCAUUGGCCAGACGGGCCGCUACAUCCUCGUCCUGAAGCUGCGAGGCACGGAGCGCCAGCUCCUCGCCACCGACUGCCCGCUGCAGGCCGUGGCUCAGCUGGGUCAGCAGGCCACUGAGGUCCAGUUCGUCCUGCGACGGACGGGCCACGCCCUCAGCGACGGCCCCCAUGAGUCCAAGACGGACGGGCAGCUGCUGCUGCCGAGACAACCGGAGCCACCGAGCCAACCCCAGAAGGCCCAGUCCUUCCACCUGGGUCCCUCCACGUUCCCAAGGAGGAAGAGGACCAGGGCGUACUCGCCAUCGCCCAGAGCCUCCCCAGAGCCCAGGGCCUCCCCGGUCUCCUUCCAGGAACCUGUCCACCCUGUUAAGACGAGUCAGCCCCUCGGCUCCAAAGAGGAGGCCUUCAGGCAGAUACUGAAGCAGCAGGAGUGGCUCUAUGACCUGGAGGUGCAGCUUCAGGCUCUGAAGUGUGAGCUGCGGGAUUGCGAGAGGAGCUCUGGUCCCACGCCCGUCCCCUCCCCGACGCCCAGCCUGGAGGAGGAGCUGGAGGAGCUGGAGACGAGGACCAGGCAGAACGAGGCAGAGCUCAUGCACGCUGAACACUGGGAAGAGCAGCUCGAGGAGGAGUUGGACCUUGAAGAUGAUAUGCACGGACGCCUAGACACCAUCUCCUCCAACAUCGACGACCAUAUCUCCAGGCUCCAGGACCUCCAGGCCCAUUCGACCAAGCUGGGGCACGACUUGCAGCUGGAACAGAGCUCCGUUCCGCAGCCAGACGACCACGCCCUGCCCUCCCUGAGACAGGAGCUCCAGAGUCGCCUGCAGGAAGGGAAUGCACUCGCGGCACUGCUGUCGGAAAAGGAGAGGGAACUACAAGCUGUGAAAGUAAUGCUGGAGGAGAGGAGCCAGCUGAUGGAGGAGUGUGACAAGGACCUGAGACAGCUCAAGCUUCAGCAGUUCAUCCAGCAGGCUGGCGUGACUGCAGGCCCACCCGACUCAGAGCAGUGGGAGAACCCCUAUCCCCCAGACCCCUCGGCCCAAUGGGAGAACCCCUAUCUCCCGGCCCCCUCGGACCGGUACCUCUCCAACGCGGGCCUCAUGGAGGACGACCUGAACGAAGCUGUCAGCGUGUGCUGAGGCGUUCAGUCGUCACGCACACACUAUGAACUCAAUAAUAAACAGCUUCGGUCCAUGGGGAUUAUAUCGAUGUGUUGUAAGAGUGGCAUCUUUACGAAAAAGUGUGUCACAUAUUUUGCUGUGAACAGUUUUAUCGGUCGUGAACUAGUGUUUGUGUGUGUGUUCAAAAGAUUCAAUAUAUGAAGGAUUUAUAUUUUUAGUGUUAGCGUUUAACAUGUUUAUUAUUUGAUACAAACAAUUUUGUUUAAAUAAAAGAGUGAAACCAAUGGCUGAUGAUUGGAUAUUGAUUUUUUAUCACCAGUUCGAGUUCCUUUUGAGUUUAUGAUGGUGUAGAAACGGCCAAUAGUCGCUUUGGACUUUAGUUUCACAGCGCGUAUCGUCCAAUCGUGCGAUGGAGCAACCUAAGGAGUCUAACCAAUGAGGCACCAGCGUUUUCAAAACACGGAAGUAGUUCCAUCGAGCACUAUAAUGCAUUUAGCCGUGGAACAAUAGAUGCGUAAAAGACACUUCCUCUCGGGACCAGCAGGGGCCGCUGUUCGGCCCUUUGUAUGUAGGU